UGAUUUAGUCAGGGAUACCUAGAGUUAUACAUUCACUUGCAUUUUGACCAGCAGGACAGCAGGACAGUUUGGACACAGGAUUCUUUUUGGUCCGAGGGAGAAGUCACAGAGGCCUGGUGAUGGGGUCAUAUCCAGCCCUGGCAUUCCUCCUGCUUUUUUCAGCUACUCUGUCCUCCAGUUGCCAUGGUGGGAAAGUGUUGGUUUACCCUGUUGAUGGGAGCCACUGGCUUAACAUGAAAAUCCUGGUAGAGGCACUUAAUUCUCAGGGCCAUGAAAUCACGGUACUACGUUCCUCCACCAGCUGGUACAUUUCCGAAUCUUCACCCCAUUACACCUCCAUCACCAUCACCCAGGAACAGAGCCAAAACAUGGAGAGCCAAGACUUCAUGACGUCGUUCUUGAAGAGGUCAAUAGAGAUCCGCCGGAACAAAGGCACGCUAUGGGCAUUUGUGGAAUUUUAUAGGAACCUUUUCGACAUGAUGGGGGAGAACCAGAAAGGUGUGGCAAAACUGGUCGUCAGCAUCUUUGAGAAUAAGACACUAAUUAAGGAGCUGAAUGAAACUGCAUAUGAUCUUUUUCUGACUGACCCGGCGUUUCCUGGUGGAGUGCUGUUGGCACACUCUCUCCAGCUUCCCUUGGUUUUCAAUGUGCGCUGGCUUUUCAAUGGCGAGGCCCACUUCGCCAUCGCUCCUUCUCCUAUGUCCUACGUCCCCCAAUUGUUUACUGACAACUCUGACAAGAUGGACUUUUCCCAAAGAAUCAAUAAUAUAAUUCGUCAUAGUAUAUUGGUUUACAUGUACUACUUUGUCUCAAAUCCGCCUUACCAGGCUGUGUGUGAUCAUUAUUUUGGACCUGAUGUCAGCGUCAUGUCUCUCAUACAGGGAGCUGAUCUCUGGCUAAUGCGGGUUGACUUUAUAUUCGAGUUUCCUCGUCCCACCAUGCCUAAUGUCGUCUACAUUGGAGGUUUCCAGGGAAAGCCCUCCAAGCCUCUUUCAUCAGAUUUAGAGGAAUUUGUGCAGAGUUCUGGUGAACAUGGGGUGAUUGUCAUGACUCUGGGGACCCUGCUGGGCGACCUAGGCCCUGAGAUAUCGGAGAUAUUUGCCUCAGCAUUUGCCAACCUCCCUCAGAAGGUCGUGUGGAGACACAUCGGGAAAAGACCCAUCACUCUGGGAAACAACACCAUGUUGGUUAAAUGGCUGCCUCAAAACGAUAUACUAGGUCACCAUAAAACCAAGGUUUUUGUCACGCAUGGGGGUACUAAUGGAAUUUACGAGGCCAUCUACCACGGUGUCCCAGUUUUGGGCAUUCCUCUCAUCUUUGACCAGUAUGACAACAUGGUGCGUCUGAAGUCCCGGGGAGUGGCUGAUAUUGUUGAAGUGACAACCUUGGAUGUCGAGUCUCUGACAAGUGCCUUAAAGAAUAUUCUAGACCCAGAGAAGCCAUACAGACAGAAUAUGCUCAAACUGUCACAGCUUCAUAAGGACACACCAAUGAAACCCCUGGACAGUGCCAUUUUCUGGAUGGAGUUCGUCAUGAGGCACAAGGGUGCAGCGCAUCUGCGCACUGACUCAUACAAGUUGCCGUGGUAUGCUUAUCACUGUCUAGACGUGAUGGCACUCUUUGUAGCGUUCGGAGUGCUGAUCAUGACAUUAGUUUGGGUUUCCUGUAGAUGUCUCAUUGGACUUUUUAUAAGGACCAAGAAGACCACAUCCAAGUCCAAGAGUGAAUAGAUAAUGAAGCAAGCUGGAGACGGUUGAUUAUAGUGAGAUAAAAAAAAGAUGUGUAAUUUACAGUUGUAUAGAAUCUGUGGAAUAACAACCGGAAGCAAUAUACAGGACUUAAAUGAAUAAAUGAAGGCCUGGGUCCAUAUAGUGUCUUUAUGGCAAAAUAAAAACAUACAAAUCAUUUUGUGAUAUUUGCAUAUUUCCCAUAAUGUGUAGUGAUUUAAGUGCGUCAUGAAUUAGUUUCAAAUCCUAUGUUGUUUUUUCCCCAUUUCUGGUCACUAAUUAUCAUUAGUUUGUAUGUUGCAAUUCCUGUGAAAAGUCACAAAAAUAAAAUGUAACGGACUGGUGACAAUA